AUGGAAGUGAAGAAUGGCUUCCAGAUCCGCACAGAGGAGCCGCGCACAAAGACCCGCGAGGAAGGCUGGCCCGCGCAAGCACAGCUGGCCUUAAAGGUCUCGCAUCUCGAGGCGGAUGUGCAGCUGCUUCGGCAGCGGAAGGAAGACCUGGAGCAUGAGAAUGAGGCGCUGGCGGCGGCGGCGCGGCGGCCAGACCUGGAGCAGAAGCUGAAAGAGCUGAAGGGGGAGGUGGCAGCCCUGCGGAAGCAGAAGGAGCUGGAGCUCCAGAACCAGGCCCUCAGCGCCUCCGACUUGGAGCGGCGCCUCGCGGACUCCGAGGAGGCGCGAGCAAAGUUAGAGGAGAGGAGUGUCGGAAGCACACGGCGGAGGUGCAACGCCGGGCCGAGCUGGAAAGCCAACAGGCGGACAUCGCCAAGUCCUUUGCAGAGCUCCAGACAGUUGUGUCCCAGCUGCUGCCGGUGCUUACCGAGCUCUACGAGCAGCGUGCGCGGCUCUCCGAGGAGAAGAGCGCGGCGGAGGAGACGGCGAAUAAGUUGA